UUUCCACAGAUAUCUGACAUUAAGCUCGAUACAGCAGCGCAGUGGGUCGCAGUGGGUCGCAGUGGGUUACAGUGGGUCGCAGUGGGUCACAGUGGGUCGCAGUGGGUCACAGUGGGGCCGUGUGGAGACGUUACAGACCAGGUUAUGUUUUAUAUGUCUUCCUGUGAGAAGUGUGGAUUAUGCUAGCCACAGUGUUAGCAGAUGUCCCCGGCGUUGAACCCACAGACAGAUCAGUGACCUGUUUGUUUGUUUGUUUGUGUUUAUUGUUCUAAACCACUCACUGCUCAAACUGUAUUGUCUAAAUACACCGCGCUGCUAGCUGUGGCGGGUAAGCAAGCAGUGCACUGUGAGUUAACUUCAUGUAACGUUAGUGUACCGGAGGCUGCCGCUGUACUGUCACUGUAUCACUGCUCCGUUGUAACGUUAACGUUAGUGUACCGGAGGCUGCCGCUGUACUGUCACUGUAUCACUGCUCCGUUGUAACGUUAGUGUACCGGAGGCUGCCGCUGUACUGUCACUGUAUCACUGCUCCGUUGUAACGUUAACGUUAGUGUACCGGAGGCUGCCGCUGUACUGUCACUGUAUCACUGCUCCGUUGUAACGUUAGUGUACCGGAGGCUGUCACUGUACUGUCACUGUAUCACUGCUCCGUUGUAGUUUGGAGCGUUGCGGUGUUCAGGUGUCCCCGGUAGAACGACAACAACCGGGUGGCUGACCCGCUGGUUCUCUAAACGUAACGGUGCUCGCCAUGGGACUAACCAGCCUGGACAAGAUCAUUGCCCUGCAGAGGAACCCUGCCAACACCAGAAACCUGUGCAUCCUGGCACAUGUUGAUCAUGGAAAAACUACUCUGGCUGACUGCCUGGUGGCGAGUAACGGCAUCAUAUCAAGUCGACUAGCUGGGAAGCUGAGGUAUCUGGACAGCAGGGAGGAUGAACAGAUCAGAGGAAUCACCAUGAAGUCCAGUGCCAUCUCUCUGCAUUACAGCAAUGGAGAUCAGGAGUACUUACUGAAUCUCAUCGACUCUCCUGGUCACGUCGACUUCUCCUCUGAAGUUUCCACUGCUGUCAGGCUGUGUGACGGUGCCAUUGUAGUUGUCGAUGCUGUGGAGGGAGUGUGUCCACAGACCCAGGCUGUGCUGCGUCAGGCGUGGCUGGAGAACAUCAAGCCUGUUCUGGUCAUCAAUAAGAUAGACAGACUCAUCAUGGAGCUGAAGCUCACCUCUCAGGAAGCUUACACCCACCUGCAGAAGAUCCUGGAACAGGUGAACGCAGUGACAGGGAGCCUGUUCACAUCCAAAGUGCUGGAGGAGCGAGCAGAGAAAGAGAAGGAGGAGGAGGAGAAAGAGAAGGAGAAGGAGCAGGAGGAGAAAGAGGAGGAGGAGGAGAAAGAGAAGGAGGAGGAGGAGGAGAAAGAAAGCGAGACGUCGAGCGGAGACCAGGUUUAUGACUGGAGCACUGGGCUGGAGGAGGCAGACGACUCCCAGCUCUACUUCUCUCCUGACCAGGGAAAUGUGGUCUUUGCCAGCGCCAUAGAUGGAUGGGGUUUCAGCAUCCAACAGUUUGCUCAAAUCUACAGCCAGAGAAUGGGUGUUAGGGCAGAGGUGCUACUCAAAACACUGUGGGGAGACUUCUACCUCAAUGCAAAAGCAAAGAAGAUCAUGAAAGGAGCUCAGGCCAAAGGAAAGAAGCAACUGUUUGUGCAGCUCGUGCUGGAUAACAUUUGGAGUCUAUAUGAUGCAGUUGUCACUAGGAGAGACAAGGAGAAGGUGGAGAAGGUGGUGACAUCACUCGGCGUUAAGGUGAUGGCCAGAGACUCUCGUCACUCCGACCCCAAAGUCCUCCUUUCUGCCAUCUGCAGCCAGUGGUUACCUGUGUCCCAGGCUGUGCUCUCGAUGGUGUGUGAGAAGCUUCCCAGUCCACUGGACAUGGCUGCAGAGAAGGUGGAGAAACUGAUGAGUGUCGGAGCACGAAGGUUCGACUUGUUGCCCGAACAGACUCAGGAACUUAAAAAAGCGUUCCUCCAGUGUUCGAGUGGGGAGGAUGCUCCGGCCAUCGUCUUUGUGUCCAAGAUGUUUGCCGUGGACACCAAGGCUCUGCCUCAGAACAGACAGAGGCCGUUGACUCAGGAUGAGAUUGCCCAGCGCAGGGAGCUGGCUAGACAGAGACAUGCUGACAGGAUGACAGCUGAUCAGACAGCAACAGAGAGCCAAAGAGACCUCACUCACUCAGGGAAUACGUCACAAGAUGUCCAACCUGCAGGACUCAGCACAGAUAAGAUGGAGAGUCUGACAUUGAAAGACCCAAAGCCAGAAGAGGAAGAGGAGCAGAAGGAGACCUUCAUAGCGUUUGCACGAGUCUACAGUGGGCUGGUCAAGAAAGGACAGAGAGUAUUUGUACUGGGACCAAAGUAUGACCCUGCCCAGGGCCUGAGCAUGCUGCCAGAGGGUUGCAGUGCUUCAGACUGUGUGCCUGAGGUGCCUUAUCUGUCCUGUUGUUCCAUGGAAAGCCUCUACCUGCUAAUGGGCAGAGAGCUAGAGGAGCUGGAGCAGGUGCCUGCGGGAAAUGUCCUUGGUAUCAGAGGUCUGGAGGAGUGCGUCUUGAAGUCGGCCACCCUGUCUACCUCCCCCGCCUGCCCGCCUUUCACCCCACUCAACUUUGAGGCCACGCCCAUUGUACGGGUUGCCAUAGAACCCAAACAUCCAAGUGAGAUGCCAAAGCUGGUGCGUGGGAUGCGUCUGCUGAACCAGGCAGAUCCCUGUGCUGAGGUUCUGAUCCAGGAAACAGGAGAACAUGUUCUGGUCACUGCUGGUGAAGUUCAUCUCCAACGCUGCCUGGACGACCUUAGAGACCGGUUUGCUAAAAUUGAGAUCAGCGCAUCCAAGCCCAUUAUUCCAUUCAGAGAAACAGUGGUUCGUCCUCCAAAAGUGGACAUGGUGAAUGAAGACCUGGGCAAGCAACAGAAAGUAGCCAUCAUUCACCAGGUGAAAGAAGAGGUCACUCAGGGCCGUUCGUCUGACACCCUGCAUGUGGAUCCCAGUGGUCUUGUCACUGUCACCAUUCCCAACAGAAUGGCCACUGUGAGCGUCCGAGCAAUUCCCCUACCAGAGGAGGUGACUCACCUGUUGGAGAGAAGCACAGAGCUGAUUCGGAGUCUGGAGCAGGUAAACAUGUCCCUGAGGGAGGGGAAGACUGUGGAUGUCAGCCUCAGGACCAUGGAGGCCAUCGCUGGACUCAAGGCCCAGCUGGAGAACCUGCUGCAGGGGAGGAAGUGGAGGAACGCUGUGGAGCGUAUCUGGGCCUUUGGGCCUCGCAGGUAUGGUCCCAACUUUUUGCUGAACAGCGUGGAGGGCUACCAGCGGCUCUCAGUGUGGCACUGUCUGGGUAGGGGCGACAAAGCUGGCGAGGCUGGAGCCGCUGUUAUACGAGACUUUGAUAACAGCAUCGUCAGCGGCUUCCAGCUAGCAACUUUGUCGGGACCCAUGUGUGAGGAGCCCCUGAUGGGAGUUUGCUUUUCUGUGGAGAGGUGGGACGUCCAAUCUUCAGCCGUGCCACAGCACCAAGACUCCUUAGAGGAGAACUCUAUAUCGCAUGAGGCUUUAGCCAACAGCAGAGUGGAAGGAAGUACUAAGACAUCUUCAGAGGUGGAGGGCACAGUGGCAGGGCAGAGCCAGGCCAGGCGCAGGCCAGAGGCUGCCUCUGCAGACUGCUACAGGCCAGUUUCCGGCCAGCUUAUCGCUGCCAUGAAGGAGGCCUGCCGCCGCGCCUUCCAGGCUCAACCCCAGAGGCUCAUGGCUGCCAUGUAUACAUGCGAGAUCAUGGCCACCGCUGAGGUGCUGGGCCGAGUAUACGGCGUACUGGGGAAGCGAGAGGGUCGUGUCCUCCAUGAAGAAAUGAAGGAAGGGACAGACAUGUUCAUUAUCAAGGCUGUUCUGCCCGUGGCCGAGAGCUUCGGAUUUGCUGACGAGAUCCGCAAGAGGACCAGCGGAUUGGCCAGUCCACAGCUGGUCUUCAGCCACUGGGAGGUCAUCAGCAGUGACCCUCACUGGGUUCCCACCACCGAGGAAGAAUACCUGCACUUCGGGGAGAAAGCCGACUCCGCCAACCAGGCCCUCAAAUACAUGAAUGCUGUCCGCCGCCGCAAAGGCCUCUACGUGGAGGAGAAGAUAGUGGAGCACGCAGAGAAGCAGAGAACACUCAGCAAGAACAAGUAGAAAUAACAUAAGACAGCACCAGUAGCUGCUCACAUCCAUCCAUCCAUCCAUCCACCCAGGACUGCAGACACAUGCUGAACACCACAACUGCACUCUUCCAACACUGACAGUCGCCAUUAUUUGCAGAAGGACAGAUGUCGUUUCCAACCUCUAUCGCAGCAGCAGUAGAACAGUUACAAUCUUGCUGUUUAUUCAACACUCAGUAAUGACUGCUUGCAUUAUUUUCUUGUACAACAAAUAAAUUAUUUGGGAUUCUUAAAUUAGUUGAGGUACAUAUUGAGAAUAAAGUAUGUAUCACAAAA